AUGAUCAGCGGAAAGGACAUUUACGAGGUCCUUGCGAGCCUUGUGCCGCUUUACGUAGCCAUGAUCUUGGCCUAUGGCUCGGUCCGGUGGUGGAAGAUCUUCACCCCGGACCAAUGCUCCGGCAUCAACCGAUUCGUGGCGGUUUUUGCCGUUCCUUUGCUUUCCUUUCACUUAAUUUCUUCCAAUGAUCCGUACGUCAUGAACUACCGGUUCAUAGCGGCGGACUCGUUGCAGAAAGUGGUGAUUCUGGUGGCUCUAUUCCUCUGGCAGAUCUUCUCCAAGCGCGGCAACCUCGAGUGGAUGAUCUCGCUCUUCUCCCUCUCGACUCUCCCCAACACUCUCGUCAUGGGCAUUCCUCUGUUGAAGGCCAUGUACGGCGACUUUUCGGCCACUCUCAUGGUUCAAAUCGUGGUGCUGCAGAGCGUCAUCUGGUACACUCUCAUGCUCUUCAUGUUCGAGUACAGAGGAGCCAAACUCUUGAUCUCAGAGCAGUUCCCGGAAACCGCUGGGUCCAUCACCUCGUUUCGGGUGGACUCCGACGUCGUUUCGCUUAACGGACGAGAACCUUUGGAGACGGAUGCCGAGAUUGGAGAGGAUGGGAAGUUACAUGUGGUGGUGAGAAGAUCGGCGGCGUCGUCGAUGGUGUCGUCUAUCAAGUCGCACGGGUUCAACUCCUUGAAUUCCGGCAUGACUCCUCGAGCUUCGAACCUGACCGGCGUUGAGAUUUAUUCCGUUCAGUCGUCUCGUGAACAGACGCCGAGGGCAUCCAGCUUCAACCAGGCUGACUUCUACACCAUGUUCAAUUCCAGAGAGGCGCAGAGCCCUAAACACGGUUGCACCAACAGCUUCAAGGGCGGGUUUGGCGAUGUUUACUCGCUCCAGUCAUCGAAAGGCGUAGCUCCGAGGACUUCAAAUUUUCAUGAGGAUAUGAAGAGAGGGGCAAGGAGCAUGAGCGGUGAGCUUUUCAAUGCCGGGACGGUGCCUUCGUACCCGCCUCCAAAUCCCAUGUUUUCGAGGUCUACCAGUGGCGGACCGGAGAAGAAGGAAAGCGGCGGCGCCGGUGCUGGUGCCGUUGUCAGUGGUGGUGCAGUGUCUAAUAAGGAGCUUCAUAUGUUUGUUUGGAGCUCGAGUGCUUCGUCGGUUUCCGAAGGGAGUCAGAAACAUGCAGUUAACCGAGCUGCCUCGACUGAAUUUGGGGGCAUUGAUUCUUCUAGGGCUGCUCAACAUGAUCAUCCAAUUGCUGGUUCAAGAGGGAUGCAUGAAUUGAGUCAGAAUAUGAGUUCUGGAAGGAAAAUGAGUGGAGAUGUCGAGCUCGAAAUAGAAGAAGGAACAAAGUUUCCAGCAAGUGCAACCUCAUAUAGUAGUCGCCAUAAGAAGAUGGACAUGGAAGACGGAGGUGUGACAAAGAAGCAACAGAUGCCUCCUGCAAGUGUCAUGACUAGGCUUAUACUGAUCAUGGUGUGGAGAAAGCUCAUUAGAAAUCCCAACAGCUACGCCAGUCUCCUUGGUCUCGCAUGGUCUCUCGUAUCAUACAAGUGGCACAUCAAAAUGCCCAAAAUUGUAAGUGGAUCCAUAUCAAUAUUAUCUGAUACUGGCUUAGGGAUGGCUAUGUUCAGUCUAGGUUUAUUCAUGGCUUUGCAACCAAAGAUCAUAGCUUGUGGAAAAGCAGUAGCAACAUUCGGAAUGGCUGUUAGGUUCUUGAUAGGCCCAGCAGUGAUUGCUGCAUGCUCCGUAGCUGUUGGUCUUCGUGGAGUUCUUUUGCGUGUUGCAAUACUUCAGGCUGCUCUUCCUCAAGGGAUUGUUCCUUUUGUAUUUGCCAAAGAAUACAAUGUUCACGCAGACAUACUUAGCACUGCGGUCAUUUUUGGAAUGUUGCUUGCCUUGCCUGUGACAAUAGUCUACUAUAUUCUCAUCGGACUCUAGUUUCUGGCAAAAUUGAAGGCAGAAGAAAUAUAUCCA